CUCCGUGUCGUCUCCUAGCAACGUUGAGUGUAUGGAAGCUUGUAUGAUCAGCAACAGCGAAAAACUGGAGGGUCCAACGUGAAAAUCGUCCCAGCUGGCCAGCAAUGAACCGCGUUGAGCUGUUAUCAGAUCGCAAUGCAGCCGCUCACCUUGAAAGACGACGAAACAGGGAACUACAACGGCAAGACAGGAUUUUCAACGCCAGAGUCCGAACAGUGGGAAUUGACAGGGAUGCUAUUGAUUAUCAAGUGGUGGAAAAGAAAAAUAAAGAAGAAUCUGAGGCAAAAACGCUGAAGGAAUUCGCCAAUGACCUCAUACGCAGUGACCGGAUGGCAUGCAUGCUGGAGCACCGGCAAAGGAAGGAUGAGCGUUUUCUGGCGGAGGCCGUUGACCACUUCCACCACCACUUUCAGCAGCCGGAUAGCAGGCGCGAGUUCGACCUCAAUGACCCUGAACGGCUCCAGAAACAGGAUGGUGUGCGUGUGCUGCCCGGGCUGGCCGGGGAGGACCUGGGCAGCAGAGACAGGCUGUGCCGGCAGCGAGAGCAGCUCAGGGACUGGUCUCUGCAGCAUCAGCGUGAGCUGGAGCAGACCAAAGCGCAGCAGAAACAGGAAGAUCAUCAAUAUGACCAAAGCAGAGUAGCUCUUGACAUCAAAGCCCUCGAGCUGCAGAAGAUGGAGGAAAAAGUCAAAAGAGCUGAAGCCAUUGCGUUCAAGAAUUUCAAUAUAGCCCUGGCUGCUGAAGUGUCGGCUCGGCGCGAGAGGGAACGGCGCGAGGAGGAGGAGAACAAUCAGACUGACAUCCAGAACCAGCUGCAGGGGGAGCUGCUGAGCGAGAGCAAGGAGCGGAGCAUCGGGUUGCCGGCUCUGUCCCAGACGCGCCGGGUCUACUACAGGGGCAUGACCACCCAACAACUCCUACACUUCACGCACUGCCAGCUGCAACAAGCUGAGGAGAGGAUGCGUGUUCGCAUGGAGCAGCAAGAGGAGGAACUGCAGCGGGAGCGGGUGCGCCUAGCCACAGCUCGAGCAGCACUGCUGCAGGAGAGACAGCAGGCUCGCAUCAGCAAGGAGCAGCGUAGAGCAGUGGACCAGGCCAACGCAGCGCUCGCCCAGGCCCAGCACGCACAGAAGAGGUACCUUCAGGAGGCUUACUGCAACAUCCCUGAAGAGCACUACUUCUCCCAGUUCAAUACAUCUAGUAGAUAGUUCUGUUAAAUAUCUAUGUGGGCAGAAAACCAUCACUGCCAAUAAUUAAAAAAUGGUUUACAUAAGAAUAAAGACCAUUCUUAUGCAAAUGUAACUUUUGACUUACAUUUAUGGAAUUUGGCAGAUGCUCUUGUUUAGUAAUUUGCAUAUGUAUCAGUAAGACAGUACAUGUGUUCCCAUGGUUCCAUUAACAUUCAUUCAUGGUAUUUAGCUGACGUUGAUGUUGGUGUUACUAGCACUGUGCUCUAUCUGCUCCACAUCUGCAGGAGCUGAUUUCUGUGUUGUGUGGACUGGAAGCUCAGUUUCUGGAUAUUUUGGUCCUUUGCAUUAUUCUGUAGGUUUUUUUUUUUGUUUCAUUUUAUUUAUUUAGAUAUUUUGAUGCCAUACUUUUUUUGAUGAGAAAAAAAAAAAGUUAAAUGUUUGGCCGUUUUCUCCCAGUAUAAUCAAAGAAAACCUAAACCUCCAGUGGUAAGCCAUGUUCUCCAAACUAAACAUUCCAGUCCUGCAUUACGGAAAACUGAAUAUCCUAACAAAACAAAUGUACACAUGCAUGUACACAUACAUAUGACGUUUUUAUUAAAAUGUAUUUACACGUUU